AUGUCCGAAGAACUCACUGACGAAAUCGAGGCCAUUAACUCCAUCUAUGGCGACGGGAGCCUGGUCCAGGCCGGGGAAGACUCGGACAUAUACAUCCUGAGCCUCCCGGAUGAAUCGGUCUCGCUGAGACUGCAGUUCCCGGCAGACUAUCCCGCCGCGCCCUGCAUCCCUAUCAGCACCAACAGCUCCGGGGGCAAACGCGGCGUGGGCGCCCGUGACCUCGAGCUCUUCCGCAGCGCGCUGGGCAACAUCUUCCAGCCGGGCCAGGUCUGUCUCUUCGACGCCGUCGAGGAGCUGAAGAGGCUGCAGGAGGAGGCCGGGGUGGACAAUGACCCCUCAUCGGACCAUGAGGAGCCAGGCGACGACCACACGCACGCGACCUUCACUCCCAAGGCGGUCGAUGAUCUCGGACCUCCGCCGCCGUGGGUCCUGUCGGAGCCUGUGGUGGAGCUGAAGUCAGUCUUCAUCGCCCGGUGCGCCGCGGUCACGUCUCCCGACCAAGCCGCCCAGUACGUCGAGCACCUCCUGGCAAGCGACAAGCGGGUGCGGACCGCAACGCACAACAUCACUGCGUGGAGAAUCCGUGGGCCCAAUGGAACCUCUUUCCAGGACUGUGAUGACGACGGCGAGACAGCGGCGGGCGGGCGGCUGCUACACCUCAUGCAGCUAAUGGACCUCUGGGAUCACAUGGUCGUCGUCACUCGCUGGUACGGCGGCCAGAAGCUCGGGCCUAGGAGGUUCGCGCUCAUCAACGCCGCUGCCAGGGAUGCCUUUGUCAGGGCUGGCAUCGUGAAUGAGCCAUCAACGGCUGCUAAGAAGAAGGGGCAUGGCAAGUGA